GAGGCUGGUCUUGGUUCUGGGCUGGUUUGGGUCCUGGUCCUCAUCUGGUCCUGAGGCUGGUCCUGGUCCCGGGGCCGGUCCCGCUCCUCCCCAUCUUCUCCCCUCGGCGUUUCCCGAGGCUCCUCCCGCGGGCCAGCGGGUCGUCGUCGUCGUCGUCGUCUCCGGCCGGACUGGCCUUCGCCCCCCCGGGCCCCGGAGCCCCCGGGAUGGACCCCCCGGGGCCCUACCGUCCCGGCCGCCCCCGCAACGACAGCCAGGACUAUUUGCUCAUCGACUCGGAGCUGGGCGACCAAGCCCAGCCCCAGGGCUAUCACCCAGCCGGACGAGGAACAGAGAGCAGAUUAGCACAUCGGCGGCAGACCAUCCUCCGAGAGAAGGGGAGAAGGUUGGCAAACCGAGGUCCGGCGUACAUGUUCAGUGACCGGUCGACCAGCCUCUCCAUCGAGGAGGAACGCUUUUUAGAUGCAGCAGAAUAUGGUAACAUCCCAGUUGUGCGCAAAAUGUUGGAAGAAUGCCUCUCCCUCAACGUGAAUUGCGUCGACUACAUGGGACAGAACGCUCUGCAGCUCGCCGUCGCCAACGAGCACCUGGAGAUCACCGAACUUUUGCUUAAGAAAGAAAACCUGUCUCGGGUGGGAGACGCGUUGCUGUUGGCUAUCAGUAAAGGGUACGUUCGGAUAGUGGAAGCCAUCCUAAACCACCCUGCGUUUGCAGAGGGCAAGAGGCUGGCCACCAGCCCCAGCCAGUCCGAAAUACAGCUGGAUGAUUUUUACGCCUACGACGAAGAUGGCACACGGUUCUCCCACGACGUCACCCCCAUCAUUCUGGCCGCCCACUGCCAGGAGUACGAGAUCGUCCACACCCUCCUGAGGAAAGGAGCCCGGAUCGAGAGACCCCAUGACUAUUUCUGCAAGUGCAGCGAGUGCAACCAGAAGCAAAAAAAUGACUCGUUCAGCCAUUCUAGAUCCAGAAUUAAUGCCUACAGAGGCCUGGCAAGUCCCGCUUAUCUGUCCCUGUCUAGCGAAGACCCCGUCAUGACAGCCUUAGAACUUAGCAAUGAACUGGCUGUGCUUGCGAACAUUGAGAAAGAAUUCAAGAAUGACUACAAAAAAUUGUCUGUGCAGUGCAAGGACUUUGUGGUUGGGCUUCUUGAUCUGUGCAGAAAUACAGAAGAAGUGGAAGCCAUUCUGAACGGGGAUGUUAAAAUGAAUCCUCACGGUGGGAAGCAGGGUCGUCCAAGUCUGAGCCGCCUAAAAAUGGCUAUUAAAUACGAAGUCAAAAAAUUUGUAGCCCAUCCAAAUUGCCAACAGCAGCUCCUCUCCAUCUGGUAUGAGAAUCUUUCCGGUUUAAGGCAGCAGACGAUGGCGGUGAAGUUCUUGGUGGUGCUUGCAGUUGCAGUGGGGCUGCCAUUUCUGGCUAUGGUUUACUGGAUUGCUCCAUGCAGCAAGUUGGGGAAGAUAAUGCGUGGCCCCUUCAUGAAGUUUGUAGCACACGCUGCUUCAUUCACCAUUUUUCUUGGUCUGCUAGUCAUGAAUGCAGCUGACAGAUUUGAAGGCACCAGUCUCCGCCCUAAUGAAACUAAAACAGAUGAUUCAAGACAGCUGUUCAGGAUGAAAACAUCCUGCUUCUCAUGGAUGGAGAUGCUCAUUAUAUCCUGGGUAAUAGGCAUGAUAUGGUCUGAAUGUAAAGAAAUCUGGUCUCAAGGUCCCAGGGAAUAUUUGUUUGAGCUUUGGAACAUGCUUGAUUUUGGUAUGUUAGCGAUCUUCGCAGCAUCCUUCAUUGCAAGGUUUAUGGCGUUUUGGCAUGCUUCCAGAGCCCAGAAAUAUGUCGAUGAGAAUAUGACAGAUUUGACAGCUGCUUCACUGGAAGAAAACAUAAAGUACUAUACCUUGGCCAGGAUAAAGUGGGAUCCGUCUGAUCCUCAGAUCAUAUCGGAAGGCCUUUAUGCGAUUGCUGUGGUUCUAAGCUUCUCCAGGAUAGCUUACAUAUUACCAGCUAAUGAAAGCUUCGGACCGCUACAGAUAUCACUUGGGAGAACUGUAAAGGAUAUCUUCAAGUUCAUGGUCAUAUUUAUCAUGGUGUUUGUGGCCUUCAUGAUAGGAAUGUUCAACCUCUACUCCUACUACUUGGGAGCUAAACAGAAUGAAGCCUUCACCACAGUGGAAGAAAGCUUUAAGACAUUGUUCUGGGCUAUAUUUGGACUUUCCGAAGUGAAAUCAGUGGUCAUCAACUACAACCACAAAUUCAUCGAGAAUAUUGGUUACGUCCUGUAUGGAGUCUAUAAUGUUACCAUGGUCAUUGUUUUGCUGAACAUGCUAAUUGCAAUGAUCAACAGCUCAUUCCAGGAGAUUGAGGAUGAUGCUGAUGUGGAAUGGAAGUUUGCAAGGGCUAAACUCUGGUUUUCCUACUUUGAAGAAGGGAGGACCCUCCCUGUACCCUUCAACCUGGUGCCAAGUCCGAAAUCUCUGUUUUAUCUCUUACUCAGAAUUAAAAAAUGGAUUUCCGAACUGUUUCGGGGCUGUAAGAAAGGUUUUCGGGAAGAUGCAGAGAUGAAUAAGAGAAAUGAAGAGAAGAAAAUUGGAAAAUUAGGAAGUAAUGAAGAACUUGCAAAUUUAUCACUUGACAAAAAACAGACUGUAGGGGCAAAGGAGGUCUCGGGAAGGAAGGCAGUGAGUGGGAGACUGAAAACCCUGAAGAGCCACUUAGACUCCUCAGGGAGUUCCUGUUUGGCCACGACCAACCUUCCUCUCGUUUUCUGGAAGAAGAUUGGACCAUUUGAGUUGAUCCAUCUGGCUUGUUUAGGGCUAUCGAUUCUCGGUCACAGAAAGCAGUCAAGUAUAAGAAGCUCAGAAGAUCUUCAUCUGAAUAGUUUGAACAACCCCCCAGGACAAUACCAGAAAAUAAUGAAGCGACUCAUUAAAAGAUACGUGCUGAAAGCUCAGGUGGACAAGGAGAGCGAUGAAGUCAAUGAAGGUGAACUGAAGGAAAUCAAACAAGAUAUCUCAAGUCUGCGCUAUGAACUUCUUGAGGAAAAAUCCCAGAAUACAGAAGAUUUAGCAGAACUUAUUAGGAAACUUGGGGAGAAAUUGUCGAUUGAUUCAAAUCAAGAAGAAAGCAAGAGAUAGCAAGAACUCCUUUUGUAUGAAGUUCAAAUUCCAAUGCCUUUGAAGCCAUAUUCUUUCCUCUUUUUUAAUUUAGCCCUUAUUUUGAACCAUGUAUAGAGAUGAACUCAUUCCAGUUAUUUUUAAUGAGAGUUAACCUUUAUUUUUCUUUCGUUGGGAAGAGAUCAUGAAAAAAUAAAAUUAGAACUUGAACCAA